AUUUGCUGAACAAUCGGUGUGCAGCUGCUUCCAAACUUCUCUGCAGACUCAAUAUGGAAGAAGGGAGCGGCAUUUUGAAAGAGGGCUUUCUUGUUAAAAAGGGGCAUGUUGUCCACAACUGGAAAGCAAGGUGGUUUGUCCUUUUACAAGACAGGCUGCUCUAUUAUAAAAUUGUUGGAGGAAAGAAGGAGCCUUCACCAAAGGGCAGAAUUCUUCUAGAUGGUUGCACUAUCACUUGCCCAUGUUUGGAAUAUGAAAGCAGACCGUUGGUUAUUAAACUGCGGACCAAAACCAACACAGAAUAUUUCCUUGAUUCUUGCUCCCGAGAAGAGCGUGACUCUUGGGCAUUAGACAUAACUGGUGCCAUUCAUGCUGGCAAUCCUGUGCAAGUCCAGCAACUUCACCUCCAGAAGAAUUCCUUCAAAUUGCCUUCAAAUAUCAGUCUGAAUCAAAUUAUAGACAAAAUGCAUGAUAACAGCAAUGGAAUUAAGUUGGCACCCAACACAAGACAAGGCAGCACAUACAAAGAAAGCUUUACAGGUUCUAUGUUAGUGGACUGGCUGAUAUCCAAUAGUUUUGCAGCUUCCCGGAUAGAGGCAGUCACGUUGGCCUCUAUGCUGAUGGAAGAAAAUUUCAUCAAGCCUGUAGGAGCGCGCAGCACUGAAGCCAUGAGGAAUGGUGAUCUGGCCGAGCAAUUUUUAGAUGACUCUACAGCGCUGUAUUUAUUUGCUGAAAGCUAUAAGAAGAAAGUCAUCUCCAAAGAAGAGAUUCAUCUUAACAUUCUUGAACUGAGUGGCACAAUCAUAAAACAAGGCUUUUUAAUAAAACAGGGCCACAAACGAAAAAACUGGAAGGUGAGGCGCUUUGUCCUGAGGGCUGAUCCUGCUUUCCUACACUAUUAUGACCCUACAAAGGACGAUAACAGGCCGGUUGGUGGAUUUUCUCUCCGUGGCUGCCUUGUCUCAGCAUUAGAAGAUAACGGAGUCCCAACAGGAGUGAAAGGAAAUGUGCAGGGCAACCUCUUCAAAAUCAUCACAAAGAAUGACAUUCACUACUACAUUCAGGCCAGUUGCAAGGCUGAAAGGGCUCACUGGAUUGAGGCUAUCAAACAGCUCACAUAAGAAACGUGCUAAGGUGUAGAUAUGGAAAAAUAGGAAAAACUCGUGAUCUAACUUGCCGCUGUCUGAGUAUACAGGAGCUAACGUUAGAGAUCAGUGACUCUAACAUUAGAGCUUCUGUCUGACAAAUCUGUUUUUCAUGAAGAAGAAAAGCAUAUAAUAUACUAGGUUUGUCUCAGGAUUUGUAAAUUUUGGUGACUUAUCCCUAUUUUUAUCAGUAUUUGUCCACAAGAUCACUACAUAAUGUUUUUAGAAACCACUCUGGUAUUCAGAGUAUUCAACCAGACUCUUUCACCUGAAUACACAGCUACAGUGGCUGACAUAGACUGUAACAUGUUUAUUCAAGAAUUCAAAUAUCACAUUUGGAGGCCGUAUCAGUUCCAGUUGGAUUCAUUCAACAUCCCAGGCCACCAGAAUAUACAGUUGCUGCUUUAUUCAGUGUCUGUGAACUUUUUAGGUUCUUGUUUUUAAUGUCUGUUAAGAUAAUGUACAGAAUUUAAUGCUUUAUACACAGCACUUGGAGGGCGUUCUUGCUGAAUUGUUGUACAUAACUGUUGCUGAAUUGUGGUCCAAUUGUACAUUUGUUCUGGUUAGCCACAUCUUUCAAAGUCUCAGCUUUGAGAUUCUUCAACUAGAGAUUGAUGGUGGGGCCUUACCCAUGCAGAAAAGCAAGACCCAGGGGUGCUCUGUGAGCAGUCGCCUGCUCUUGGUCUGGCCCAAGCUCAUCUCCAAAGUCUGUGUUGGCUAGAGGAGAAAACCAGGUCCUACUUCAUAGGAGUUAUUUUUGGGGAAAGUGAAACCAUAACAAGAGCCCUUUUUAUCUGUGGGAGAAAGAAAGAGGAAGUGGACAAGAGUUAUAGCCAAACUGUAGAAUUAUCACAGUUUGACACUGCUUUAACUGUCAUGUCUCCAUCCUAUGGAAUCCUGGGAUUUGUAGUUUGUUGUGGCACCAGAGCGCUCUGACAGUGAAGGCUAAAUAUCUUACAGAACUACAAAUCCCAAAAUUCCAUAACAUUGAGUCAUGGCAGUUAAAGCAGUGUCAAACUGUGUUAAUUCUACAGUGUAGAUGCAGCCCAGUACUAAGGAGAACAAUUCAAAUCUACAUUUACCACAAAGUUCUCACUGGGAGACUCUCCAGUCAGUCACAGCUGACUCUCAACCUAACCUACAUAACAGAUGUCUUGUAAUGGUCAAGUGGAGAUAUGGUGGGAAGAACCCUCUACCACUCUGAGCUCCUUAGAGAGAGAGAGAGAGAGGUAAUUGUGCCUGAUCAUGUGAGAUAAUUGGCCAAUCUGAGCAACCAGAACAAAAAAAUUAGUUAUUUCUGUUAUGUAGAAGUGCCUUCUGUCAUGACAGAUGGGGAGAAAUGCUGGUCAGUUUAAAAAAAUCAUUUUACUUGGGAGAGACACUUUCUGUAACAUGCAACAGGAGGAUAGAUAUAUCGAAAAGUGACAUCUAAUAUUAAGCAAGUUUGCCCUAUGGUAUUUUCCCUGAAACCUCACAAACUUCUUCAAGGGGGACUCCCAAUCCUCCAGCACAGUUUGUGAUGAAGGGCUGAGUGCUGAGGAAUGCAGAACUGCAGUGGAGAAGAGGAAUCACUUCCACUGGUAGCUUCUGUUGCAUUGGUGGAUGGACACCAGAGACACCCAAUCUAUGUCAUAGCUGAAAUGGGAACUACAAAUUGCAUGCCUAAAAUAUCAGUUAGAAUAAUAGCACCCUUCUUCCUCUUCUUUAAUGGGAGCAGACCACCAACAAAUGCCAGGUGCCAUAGGCUAUACUUCAGAGGAAGGAACUGGAAAAAAAAAUCUCUUGAGUGUUCCUUGAUUAAUGAAAUCCAUGAGGUCGCCAUAAGUUGACAAGCGACUUGAAGGCACAUACUCAUCCUGUUAACUAUGUAAGAAACUGUGUGUUGUUAGACAGUCAUAUUUAAUUAUAGAAAGUUAAUUUUUAAAAAAACAGAAUAAAAUAUAUUAUAAUGUCA